AUGUCGCAGCUGUGUACAGCAAGAUGUCAACAUGGAGAGAAAAAGGGUGUCAGCGGAUCGAUCUCCAAGUACGAGGAGAGUGAGUCGGGGCGCUACUUACAUCGCUGCUGUUGUGAGCUCGACGCUGACUUGGAUGAGGAGGCUGCCGGUGGUUGGCGCUUUGAUUGGGACGAGGAGAAGCAUCUUCGAGACGUAGAGUACGAGGUGGAAGGUGUCGACGAUGAUGAUGAGCUGCUAGAUCCUACUCGAAGCGAGCGGAACAGCGCAGUGAGCUGCUUCUGUGACGAUGGUGCCGCCAUAAUGUUGUGCGGGUUUGUUGGUGGUUGGCAACGACGAUGA